UAGUCACUGAUGAGGGCACGUAUGAGCGUUGCAUGGUUGAGUGCCUGUGAACUUACACGAUUAUCUCUCCACCUCCUAACAGAUAUACUUCACAACACUGACCAACCCACACAACAAACUUACAACAGUUCUGUAGCACCGCACCGUCCAUCAACUUACCAUGCCGCCGCCUCUCACCCUGGAGAUCUCCUCCUCCAUCAUCUUCCCACGCUCCAACUCCCUCGGCGAUGGCAGCAUAGUAAUCGACGUCUCCCCGCCAUCUCCCGCGGGCGGCAGCCGUCCCAUGCAGCAGCCGCUCCGCAAGGAUGUGCUCAAAACCGGACCCGAGCACCCUAUCUACCGCCUGCCACAAUCCAUCUCCUCAGGCGGCCUCAAAGUCCACUUGAACCAGUACACGCCUCCCAACCCGCGCGGGAUCGAGAAGAUUCAGCGGCGCUCCUUGAUCUCGGCGAUUGACGAGGAACACAUCAUCUUUGAGAUUGCGAAGGCGUCGCUGGGCGAUGCUGGCGCGGAGUAUGCCAUUCACAACUUCUUGCGCGAGGAUGGUGAGGGGUCGUAUGGACGCGGCUCGGUGAAGUUUACACCAGGAUGGUUCUCGGGAGGCGUCUGGACAGUGGCUUAUGUAUAUAAGUCUGCGGGACAGGUGCAGGAGUCGCGAGUGGACCUGAGGGUCGAUGAGGGCGGGAAGGAGGAUGGUAUAUGGAAGAUGACGUUUCCCAUGGAAGGCGUGAUUGCGAGGGAACGGCCGCAGGAGGAGGGCGCGUUCGCGGAGAAUGGAAGGUCCAUCGAUAUUGUUGACGGCUCGCCAGGAUUGGAGGGCUGGAGUGAUGCCGAAUGGAGGGACUUUUUGGCGGCGUGCUGGAUCACGAAAGUGUGGAAUAUUUGCACGAGGACUCAGUGGUUUAGUGCGAGUAUACGGAAGGGUGAGGCGAAUGGUCUUAGGACAUGGUAGUCAUAUGAAUUCAUUGAUUUUGUUGUUGAAAUCGUCAAGAUCUCAGGAUUGUGUGCACUUAUAAUUAUGAAUGAACGAAUGUGUUGGCCUAUUUCUUCUAUCUAUUCGCUCAAGCUUCACCUGAAGAUGUCUAAUAGCUUUGCAAGUGAAUAUUCGCUGAAAGGUUUCUGAUACCUAUUCCACCCACCAGCGUCAGGAGCUCAGAGAGAGAGAAAGUUAAUUUAUU